UACGUUGCGCUCUCUUGGGCGAAAUGACGUUUUGUCGCUUGUAAAUAUCGCUCGCGCGCGAACGAGUAGCGAGAGCCGUCGCGGCUCCGACCCGUUGGCAAUCCCCGAAACAUCGCGAACGAUUCCCACGCGAGUCCUCCGCGUAGUACGCGUUAAUUUAGCCGCGCGCAGCAGCGAAAUUGUCGUAUUCCACGCGCCGCGCGACCGAGCGCGCGGUGGUUGAGGUUAUGAUGAGUGAGUCAAGUUGAGGUCGCGACGUGUUGUGUAGCUCUCUUGCGCAUCGCGCACCUGAUGUUUACCGUCGGACUGUCGUUCUCCCGACGCAGCGAAGAAUAUGAACGAUUAUUACCGCAUCAGAUAUGACAUUAAUUGGCAUCAGUAAUCAGAAACUACAAUGAGUGGUUUAACCCUUUGUCUAGAAGAUGCGUAUCAGCAGGCUCAGGAUAUGAUUAAUCAAGCACCUAGAUAUUGGCUGAAGAAUGUUCAGGGUCAGAAUUCGUUGGCCUUAACAUCUGAUAAGUCUCUGUCUUCUCAGAAAAAGGAACAGUGUCACUCUAGGCACAGUAUUCAUGCCAAACUCACGAGACUCUAUUUCGAAGAGCUUGCUAAAGUUCCUCAUGCAACCCCAGAUUCAGUUUUGAACAAUCUUGAGAAUGAGUGCGACCUUUUGGGAUUGUUAGUGCGGAGAGAAGGGUUACACACGUUAAUUGUUAAUCUCUAUGCUGGUAAUAAAGGAUACUCAUUAGCUGUAAGGAAUAGUGAUAAGGGAAAUCAAUACGAUAAAAAUUCACUAGCUGAGACUCAGCUUAUGGGUUACGAACAGGGUGAACUACUCUCAUGCAUAGACAAUGGCCAGUUACCAGCUAUGCUAGCGGAACAACUGGAAUCCAAUCACUCACAUCUAUUUUAUGACGGUUGCAUAGUAGCUGAAGUUCGAGAUUAUCGAAAAGCGUGUUCUUAUAACAAAUCUGAUGUCCAUCAUAAUAAAGCUGAGGUUCAUCAUAACAGAGCUGAAGUUCAUCAUGUACUUCUUAAACCAACGACACAGAGUAUACUCUCGGACGUGUCAACACUUACAAGUGACGGAGAUUGGAGCCAUGAAGAACGAUUAAUAUUGGAAUCACAUCUGUUGGCAGCUACCCAAGGACCUCUAUGCUUGGAUCCAAAUCCUAUUCCCACUUUAGCUAGUACAAGACUUAAACAGUCCAAAUCGUUGUUUACAGACCCUCAACUCAUACGACAAGCCAAAAAGUUUUCUCAGGUCACGGUGAAUCGAAAAAGAAAAUUGGAACAGAUGACACGAUCUGAAGGACCGACGAUACAAGACUUUAUGCAGAAAAUGCGUGCAAAAAGGGGGAUGACAAGCACUGCCUGUGUAGCGCCUUCUCUUGCAAACCCUCCUCUGCUUCCACCAAAUACUCCAGUUGAAGUUUUAAGAUUCGCGAAAGCAUAUGAACGGCCACGAGACUCAAAAGACUGUUCACCACAAGUUAUAGAAGAAUAUAUAUUAGAGGCUCCAGGGAGUCAGGGUGAAAUGGAUCAUAUAAAGCUCUCAAUUCUACAGAGACCUUCUACUUCUGAGUACCUGGGAGAGCUUUAUAUGGACAAGAAUCAUCGAGAAGGAGAAAAGAAUGGUUCUUCUUGCCGGUUUACCUUAGGUACCAGAGCCGUGGCCAAUCAUUAUUACCAACAGUUUAAAGAAAUAUUUACGGAAGAAGGUAGAAAAAAUGUGGUAAUAAAGCAUCUUGUACCUGGGCAAGUACCGCGUACAUGCACUCCUGGUAUGCAACGGGUACAUCAACAGGUGCAAGUGAAAGCGGCGCAAUUGGUGGCUCAACAAUUGCAAACUCAGUCCCAACAUGUAGCCCAGCAGAUUCUGUCGCGGGCUCAAGGACAACUAAACACUUUGGCCGGUCAGGUAGCUUCGAAAGUUAUGACGGAAGCCACCACUUCUGCACAAAACAACCUGCCGUAUGUGGAUACUGCGAAUAUACCGCAAAUCACUUCUCAGAACGACACUACUGCAUUAAGUUCAGGACAAUCCCUGACUAAUGGCGGUCCAAACGCGUCAACUUCCGUGCAAAUUGAUAAUUCUUCAUUAGCGGUGACGGAUAACACUUGCAACGGCCCUGGUUUCUUGGUUUUUCAAAAGUCAGCCAAUGCUAUUAAUAAUGCAACAUCUACCAGUGUUCCAGUCUUGCAGGCACAAUUGCAAGCGGGAACACAAAAUUGUAUAAGUGAAACCGCCAAUCAGAACCAGAAUGAACCGCCAUUCAAGAAGCAUACAAAUAAUCCGGCGAUAAGCGCUCUCGUCACUUCCCUCAUGAAUUCCGCGCAACAAUUUCAGCAACAAGCUGCAGCCAACGCUGCAGCUGCAGCUAUGAACAACAACAAUGCGCAAACUUCAAACAAGUCCAGCAACGCCGCAAUUCUUAGUUUAUUAAAUAGUACUCCUGCGAACUUAACUCCGCAGAAACUUCAACCCCGAAGGAUCUCUCUUAAUACUUCUAUCCCACCCCGAGUUAUUAGUCACGGCAAUGUAAUUAAUGUGCCCAACACUACCGGCCAAGUUCGAGUGAGCCUAAGCUCCGCUUUGUCGGGUCAGCUAAGUUCUAAGCAACAACAUGUAAAAGCAACUGCGGUGAGACUUGCGCGAGUCCAAGAUGUUCCCACAUCAACACUUGGCUUAUCAAUGCCAGGACUCUCGGCUUUACUUGCUGGUACGCCGUCAGCAGAUAAUCCGAUACCCGGGAUGAAUCCUAAUUCGUCACUGCUCGAGCGGCUCACCGCUUCUUCCAGUCAGGGCAGUCAACCGGCGAGCCCGAUGACUAGCCCAUCACCAACAGGUAACGUGAAUCUACAGGGCGUAAAUCUUACUAGUCUGCCGAACUCUAUCAACGGUCUGCAAAACGUUCAGGUGUCGUUCCCUGGCUUGUCACAGCCUAUCACGAUGUCAUUGAACGUGUCGGCGACGACUGGUGGCACCGUCACACCCACUGGAGUCAUCGUCUCGUUGCCCAUAUCGUCCGCUACGAAUACCUGCACGACAGUUUCGAGCAUGGUUCCUGCAACUGUCGUGACGACAGCGAUUGCUGGAAGCACGCCAACAGUAGUGAUCGCCAAUCCUGCCAAUGCUCACUUAUCUUUACCGAUUGGUAAGAUAUCCGAAAUAGCCCACGCCCAAAUAAUAGCUUCCGGAGUAAAAGGAUUAUCACAACAAAACAUAAGAAAUAAUAAUGCAGUGACUCUUGCACAGGGAGGACAAGCAAUCCAGCUCAUUGGAUCUCAAAGGCCGCGACUUAAUAAUAUGCCUCGUCAAGUACAAUCGAAUCAAGUUAAGUCGGCUGUCUUAUCGAAUCAGUUGGUGACGGUUGCUAAGACAGUAACUGCAAGUCAGCUGAUAUUGUCUGGUAACAAACAAGUAUUAGCUCCCAUAAUGGCCGCGACGAAGCCCGUGCUUAUGGCGUCACAGACGACGCCUUCUUCCCAAGUAGUACCUGUUAAUAAACAAACUCUAUUGACGAAAUCUUUGCACGCUAGGGCUUCUACUGGUCAAUGCAACCAGCAGACGCAAAGUCUCGGAGUAACUACCCUAUCGCAACAACAACUCCAGCAGUUGCAACAAUGUCUGGCUGCGCAGCACAAGGUCGCCGUUGCGACGGGAAGUUCUCAAAGUAGGACUCACAUUGAAGCUCAGAGAAAUUCCACGUCUGCCCCUGGAGAAGAUCCCGCCUGAAUAUGUUCAAAACAAUGAUAAUGUUAACGAUCAUGUUACGGCAAAAUAAUUGGAACCCACCUAGAAGCAAUGUAAUGAGGCAUUUGUACAUUAUGUUAAGAUCAAAUUUGUUUUUGCAUGCGAAAAAGUUUAAAUAUGGAUUGUCUCUAUGCUACGCUGAAUUACAAGAAAGUUUCACUUCUUAUGGAAUUCUGUUCUCUAUACAUAAAAGAAAAAAAUACAAGAUUUUAAAGAGAAAACAGUAUGGUAUAUAAUAUUUAUAAUCAUGUGCAAUAAAAGCGUUUUUGUCACAUGAAUUUUCGCCUUGAAAUGUUACUUUAGGGGAGGUUUCAAUUAUUGUAUAUAUAACUUAUACACAUACGAUACGAUUUGUUUUAUAUUAAAAAUAUAAUAAAUAUUCCAAUUUUUUAUUGAU